GCGUAAAAAACAGAGGUGAUUUUAAGUUUAUUUAUUCAUGUUUUCGUAUAAAAUGAAGCUUAAACCACCAGCUCCAACACCUCCUCUUCCAAUAGAGGUGUGGGGCCAGAUUUUUGAGAAAAUGGAUAAUCCACUUGAUCUUAUGAGAGCUAAAAGAGUUUGUAAAAGAUGGAAUGAAGAAAUAAACAGAGUGUUGCCAUUUGCCAAUUGGAAAAAAUUAUGUUUAACAGAAAUCAGAGCAUCUUCAUUAUCUUCUAUCAUAGCUGUUGUACAGCCCACGUUACCAAAAGCUAAUUAUCGAGAAAUUGAGGAUCAGAAUUUUUGGCGUGAUGUGUAUUAUCAUUAUAAAAAGUGGUCAAGCAUUAAGGAGUUACCCAUGAGGAUAUUUAGACCAAAAAGUGAUCUAUUGUUAUUUAUUGAUGAAUAUAUUACAUGUUUUGAUACCUGGGAUGGUUGGAUCAGUUAUGGAACCAGUUAUGGUAAAAUACAUAUUUUUGAAAACUUUGAAUAUCAGAGACCUUAUCAUGUUCUAAACUGUCCCGAUCGAAUUAAAGAAGUUAAAUUUUGGUAUAAUGAUAAUAAUAUCUUAUUUUUCUUGGCGUUAACACAAGACCAAAUGAUAAGAAUUUGGAACUUGGCAAACAAAAAAGCAUCCAACUUCAUUUUAGUUGGAUAUAAAAUAUGUGUUGGAACGGCGAAUAAUUUAUACACUAUGCAUAAUAAUUUUAUUAUGAGGAUUCAAUCAACACCGCAAAAUGUAAGUAUUAAGUCAAUGGAAAGAUUGAACUUGAUCUCAGGAGAAAUGGUAGUCGCUAUGAGUUCACGAGAAUCAAAAAUUUUUCUAGUGACUCAAGCUGAGUGGCAAUUAAGGGUAUUUACAUUGGAAGAUGAAUCAUUGACAAAGCAACAACCAACGUUUCAAAUUCAAUCUAUUUUUACAAUUCCAUCGUUGCCUAUGAUUCCCUCAACUCUCCGCAUUUAUGUUACACUAAACAGAACUAUAAUAUGUCUACAAAAACAACAUAUGUGUUUGCAUACUCCAAAAACAGAUUUCUGGAUGAUCCAUAAUAACCCAAUGUACUUUAAUGCUAAUGUGACGUCCCUAAUUGUGCAUGGGAAUUAUUUAAUAAUAGGAUUAUCAAAUGGAAUUUUAGGCAUGUACUAUACUGAAGGAAUCAGUGGUUUAUUAAGUCCGAAUCUACUCAGACGCCCACCAAUUAAAAUAUAUACUCUUGAUAUUUUACCCAUCAUUUCUAUAAAAGUAACCGAUCUUUGUGGUGUAAUACACAUUAUAGCAUUUAACUGUAAGGAUAUGUUUAUCAUAACGUUUUAGUUUUUUAUUUUAUCCAGAUAAUAAUAGUGAAUUUUUUGAUAAAUAUGAAAUGAUUUCAUCAAGAAAUAAAACUACUUGUGUGACAUAACACUCGAGUCUACGUCCAUUUUCACGAAACUUAAUAUUUUCUCCAUUAUUAAGUUAUAUAC